CGUGUGACCGAGGGUGGCGGGGCCUUGUUGCUCUAGACGCGUCUCCCCAGCCUGGGCGCUGAGGGUCGGGCGGCCUCUGCGAGGGGACAGUCCCCUCAGCUCUCGAGCGACAGCGAGCGCUCAGGCUUGGUCUCCCGAGCAGGGGUCUCCCUGGCCCUUGGGGACUGGCUGGACAUGGUGGGGAGUCCUCGGGAGCUCGGCUUUUCUCUCCUCGGUGGCGGUACCGUGACACCCCCUUCCCCGCAUCGCGGAGGGAACCCAGUCUCCAGGACGAGAUUUGAGACAGCCCUAGACAGCUGACCCCCUGUCUCGGGUGAAUCCAAAUGAGAAGUUGCCUCUUGCCUCCCCUCCUCCCGUCACUGAUUGGAAGACUAGCUCGCCGCUUUGCGGCCCACCAGCGUCCCAUGUGGCCUCAUGGAUGAGCUGGUACAUGACUUAGCCUCAGCCUUGGAGCAGACAUCCGAGCAGAAUAAGCUUGGUGAGCUGUGGGAGGAGAUGACCCUGAGCCCCAGGCAGCAGAGGCGGCAGCUUCGGAAGCGCAGGGGCCGGAAGCGCAGGUCUGACUUCUCUCACCUGGCUGAGCAUGCCUGCUGCUUCAGCGAGGCCUCAGAGUCAAGUCUGGAUGAGGCCACCAAGGACUGCCGAGAAGUGGCCCCGCUCACCAAUUUCAGUGACUCUGAUGACACAGUGGUGACCAAACGGCACCCAGCUCUCAGUGCCAUCAUGAGGAGUAAGCAACAUACUUGGCAUGAAUCUGACUCCUUCACGGAAAACGCACCUUGCCGACCGCUCAGGCGCCGGAGGAAGGUGAAGAGAGUGACGUCAGAGGUGGCUGCCAGCCUUCAGCAGAAGCUGAAAGUGUCCGACUGGAGCUAUGAGAGAGGCUGCAGGUUCAAGUCUGCCAAGAAGCAGCGUUUGUCACGCUGGAAGGAGAACACUCCCUGGACCUCAUCAGGCCAUGGGCUGUGUGAAGCAGCAGAGACUAGGACUUUCCUAAGCAAACCAGGGAGGAAGGAAAGGAUGGAGUGUGAAGCCGAGGAGCAGAAGCAAGGCUCCGACGAGAACAUGUCAGAAUGCGAAACUAGCAGUGUUUGCAGCAGCAGUGACACAGGGCUCUUCACCAAUGAUGAAGGACGGCAAGGGGAUGAUGAGCAAAGUGAUUGGUUUUAUGAAGGAGAAUGUGUCCCCGGAUUCACUGUCCAUAACCUGCUGCCCAAGUGGGCUCCUGAUCACUGCACUGAAGCAGAAAGGAUGGACUCCGGACUGGAAAAGCUGUCAGAUCCCACAUUCCUUUUACCUUCCCGGCCAGCUCAAAGAGGAUACCACGCUCGUCUGAAUCGGUUGCCAGGAGCUGCAGCUCGGUGCCUCAGGAAGGGGCGGAGAAGGCUGGCUGGGAAGGAGACCAGCAUAAGCAGUCUAGGACCCGAAAGGAUAAGCCAUAUCAUCAGUGACCACCGGCAGAAAGAUUUCUGCUUACCAUCAGCUGGGAAAAGAGAACGAAAGCAGUUUAAUCCUCUCUCUCCUCUUUACUCCCUGGAUGUUCUUGCUGACGCUUCGCAUCGAAGGUGUUCUCCUGCACGCUGCUCUGCCAGACCUGUGCAGGUCGGUGAAGGAAGAUCUUUCCUCCACUGGGUGUUUAAUAAACGCCAGGACCCUGAAGAGAUGAUCACAGGCAGGCAAAGGUACACUGGGGACCGCCAUGUUCACGUGACAUUAAGAGGAAGCGGAAACCUGUGGCCUCAGCAUCUGUAUCUAGCUCUAGUACAGUGUACCCAGAUGUGCUGGAGCCGGCCACCCCAGCCCAGAAGCCUCCCCACUCCGAGUGGCUGGACAGGACCUCUGCAGCAGAGAAAGCCACUGCCUCCGCUCCUGCCAUGUUUUUCAAAAUGCCACAUGAAAAGAGUUCUGGAUGCAGCUAGAGCCCAGUAGCUGAUGGGUGUUGAAACUGUAUUGUACAGUCCUGGUGUCCUAAUUGGCAUUCCUGAUCCUCAUACCACCAGGAUCAACUCCUCUUCACAUGCAGGAGUGGUUCUUUCUUUUGGAAAAUGUUAUUUGGGGAAUCUUUUUUUGUGAAGUAUCAGGGCAGCAGUUUUCUUUAAAGGGGGUAGGGCAUCUUCUGCUGUGUUCCUUACUUUGUUGUUAACCGACUGUUUACCUCCAGCUGUCUUCCUAGAGCUGUUGCUCCUUGGCAACUGUGUCUUUGUUCCUGGAAAACUAGUAACAGCUUUUGCAUACCUUCUGUGUAGAGCUUUUAAUAUCACCGAUGAAGCCCAAAUUCACAGCCAAUUCCAAACACAUUCCUGGAUGAAUUGUGUCUAUGCAGUACGGCUUGCCAUCAAGCCUUUAUUCACUCUGUGCCAAUAAGAUACACCAAACAAGUUCUCAGUUUGGGGCCUCAGAAGAGACUCCAGCAGGAUGGGUGAGGGCUUCUUGCACUUGGACUGAGGGGGAUCACCAGCAGCCGCAUUGUACUUGACUUUAUCCUCAUGAUCUGUGUCUGCUGACAGGGCGUGUCUAAGUACAGAGGCUGGUGCACUCAAAUGCAGGUGGUGGUUUAGGUGGAUAGUGCUUGGUUAGCAUUUCUGAUCCUGGUCUAAGGCUUGUAUCCUGACUGGGACUUCACUGUUAGUAUUCUAUAGAUCAGUAGCCAGUGAUGAACAGGAACUCAUGCUGUUAUCUGUUACGAUAAUGGCUGCUUGGGGCCAUGCUUUGGGAAGGAAACAUGUCUUUUUGACAUGCCUUUAUGUGGCAUGAUUAUGACUGCUCAGCUGCAUGUAGAGUUGUAUAUGUGGUUGUGCCUGAAGUCGGAUGCUACUUUGUCAAAGUGAGGAAUAUGUGGCUACCUAGAACUGCUGGGGAAAGCUUCAUUUCCCAAAAGUGUCAAGAGCACCUGCCGUUCAGAGGCCUGCUUGACAGGGUGCUCUUACAUUGUGUCAGCCGAGUGCUUUCACUCUGAAAUACACAGGGGCUGUGUGUGAAAUGCUCACUGCUUUGAUCACAUGGGACAGAGCACUUCUCCCUUAGACAGGUGCCAGGUGGUCUAGUGCUUCCUUUUCCCAAAGUGUAAUUGUCCCUCGCACACAGUGUGAUUAAUUUGAGGUGGGCAGGGUGUGAGCCUGUUUGGAAAGGAACAUAAACUGAGAAUGUGCCAGCUGACCAUAAGGGAAUGGUGGAAGGAGGUGCAGAUUGAGCUCAUGUAAUGGGAGGGCAGCACCAAAGCCUCCAGCCCCGAGUCACCCUGUUCUUACAAGGAAGGACUUUUCUGUAGGGUGUCACAGCUGCCUCCACAGAAGGUAGGGAAUGUGCCACUGCUUAAUGGCUCAGUGAUGAAAGUGGGCUGUGCCUUGCAUUCUCACCUAGAUCCUGCAGUGGCCUAUGGAACACAUUUCUAACAGUCUGGGUUGGGUUUAGGGAGAGAUCUACUGAUGACACUUACAAUGUUUCCAAACUGGUUCAUGAAGACGCUGGUCCUGAUGAUGGCUUGAGAGACCUCCACAGUUAGGUGCAAAGGUAUUCCUGUAGCUCUCCUUUGUGUACAUUGCCAGGUUGUCCUCUUUCUACCUGGGAUUUAAAGUAGUUUAUAUAUACAUAUUUAUUACACUCUAAAUAUCUCUCUGAAGCCAUGCCAAUUUUCAGAGGUGAAGGCAGACUUGCAUACUGUACUCAGGCAUGUGAGUCAGCCUAAACAAACUAUAGACUUCCAAGCUAUUCUGCCAUGGGUUAUAUAAUCUGUUGUUUCUUGUUGGUGUCCCUAGUCAAUCUGAGGCCAAUGUGUAUGAAGCUUUUUCAUGAAUGUUUAUCAUCUUUCUUGGUCAUGCAUUUUUACCACAUUUCUGAGCACUUUUGACAGGGAUCACCCAAAACUGUAGUAUCUUCUUAUAAUGAAUGGGAAUAAAGUUAUUCACCUGAGAAAAUACAA